GUCAUUUUGGACACAUGGACAGUUAUAUCAGUUUGAAAAAUGGGAUUUUUUAACAAGGCGGUGCCCAGCUUUGUAAAGAGAAUCUCAACUUCUCGCCUACAAAAGGCUCACUCUCGCCCCCCGCCCCACACCACUGCAUUCAGGUCUCCCUGCCUUAGAAGAAAGCAGAAACAGAGAAAACCAAACAGAAAGAGCUCUUUGAAGUCAAGUUUCAUCCAUGGCAAGGCAACAGAGGUUCAAAGGUGUAAGGCAGAGGCACUGGGGCUCUUGGGUAUCUGAGAUCAGACACCCUUUGCUGAAGACAAGAAUCUGGCUUGGAACUUUCGAGACGGCGGAGGACGCUGCGAGAGCUUAUGAUGAAGCGGCUCGUCUGAUGUCAGGCCCUCUGGCUCGAACAAACUUCCCACCGGAUCCAAAUUCUUCUGGCCCAAGCGCGUUCUCGGCAAGCAUAACAGCAAAGCUGCAGAAGUGCUAUCUUGCGAGUCAGAACCGGCAGAAGGUCGGGAACGGGCGCCGCGAAGGGGUCGCCGAACCACACGGGGUCAAUGGGGAUGAAGGCAGUGGGAAGGAGAUAGCGCUUGAGAAUUAUGAAAAUUUGGAUGAUGAGGACAUUGAACAGAUGAUACAGGAGCUGCUCUAUUACGGGUCAAUGGAGAUUUCCUCUUCUUAUUGCUCCUCCUCCUCUUCCAUUUCAGAGAAUUAGCUGCUUAGACUUUCAGGCAUGCAUUAUUGCAGCUGAAGUAGUUACUCUGCGUACAGUCAUAUUCUAUGUUAUGUGUUAGUUGUAAAAGAAAACGCUAGGUGCAUGGAUGUUAGUCAUUUUCAUGCUAGUUUGAACUGUUUCAAACCGAACCCAUAUCCACUCUGUGAGUGAGCGGAGAUGGGUAUCAGAGUUUGUGAAGGUCGGUCGUCUCUGUUUUCUCUAUACGAUCGAGUCCGACUCGUAUAGGAUCGAAAUUAAAGAAAUCAAGAUUGUUAUCA